GUCAUAACUAGGUCAUAGUCUCGUUUUGAAACCACACAAAAAUCAUAUUAUCGCCCAUAAAUGUUGUUACAAAAUUUUACUUUUGUUUCAUAAUCGAGGAUAUGCGAUGCUUGUAAGCUUCAUGAGACACACAUGUAAUUGAGAAAAUUGUAUUAGAUGCUCAGGAACAUUUCGCAGCGGUUGAAUAUGUCUGCAAUUCAAAAACGACUUGUGGCAUUUGACUUUGACCACACCAUCAUUGACGAAAACAGUGACUUGUAUGUGCGAAAACUUUUACCUGGUGGUAAGGUACCAGAGGAAAUUAAAUCAAUCUACAGCGACAGAGGCUGGACAAAAUAUAUGGGCGCCAUCUUUAGGAAGUUAUAUGAGAAUGGCUCAACAAAACAAGAUUUUUUAAACUGCAUGAACGAAUUAGAGUUUACUUCUGGAAUGAAGGAACUUUUAGAAUACCUUUCAGAAAAAGAGGAUGAGGUGAUAAUCAUAUCUGACUCAAAUUCCUUCUUUAUUGAUUGCAUCUUGAAGGAAUCUGGAAUGCUUCCUCACAUCACCAAAGUAUUUACUAAUCCUGCAAAGUUUGAUUCGGAUGGGUGUUUAUUGGUUGAUUACUACCAUACACAAGACUGGUGUGAUUUGAGUACUGUGAAUCUUUGUAAGGGUCAUAUCCUAGAUGCUUAUGUCCAAGAGCGUAAGGAAGCAGGUGUGACAUUCAAACAAGUCAUCUAUGUUGGUGAUGGUCACAAUGAUCUGUGCCCUUCUCUUAGACUAAAAUCCAGUGAUUUUGUAUGUCCACGAAAGGGAUAUAGACUCUUGAAGGCAAUACGAAAUAUAAAAGAUGAAACAUCCCAACCUUUACUUGCAAAGGUCAUAGAAUGGGACAAUGGGAAUGAUAUAUUGAAUGUUCUUCAAUCUGAGUGAAUUACAAGGGAUCCAGAAAUAAAGACCGGUGAUGUCUGACCAAUGCAUUGCACUCAGUUGAAAACGACAAAGUGUUCCAACAUUUAGUCCAGUAUAGGACAUUUUUAGUCAAAAUACAUGUAUGUAAAUGAGAAUUUUGCAACCAGUUCAGUUGAGAAAAACUGAGAGAGGACAUUAAGCAUCAUACCAGGAAUGGUUCAUGUAAUUCAUAAUGUAACAUGUAAUUCAUAAUGCAAAUUAUA